UCUUCCCCACAUUCUUCCUUUAGGUCCAAUGUUGUUGACGAAGGGCAGCAAUAUGGACGCCUUUUCUUCCACUUUCCUCUCUACUGUGCAUCCUUCAAAGCUCUUUCUUUCCCCUACCACGAACUUGCUCAAUUCCCCUGUAAGGGCAUCAACUUUACUUCCAUUCCCUCUUUUCACUGUAUCAUCUGUUAGAAUUGAAGAUAAACCUCAGGCCACAACGACAAGACCUACUACCACUAUCAAAAGUCCAUCAACCUCCUCUUCACCUAUAACCACUGCAACUAAAUCACCACCACCUUCAACCAUGAAAAAUUCGGCAGUGGCCGGGGCAAAGAGGCGAGUGGAGCCAAACUUACCCACUUUGAUGUUCAGUGCAUUUGACGACAUUAUCAACAAAUUUAUAGACCCUCCAAUGCGGCCUUCGGUUGAUCCAAGAUACAUACUUUCCGAUAACUUUGCUCCAGUUGAUGAACUCCCCCCAACUGAGUGUGAGGUGGUGGAGGGAUCACUUCUGUCAUGCCUUGAUGGUGCCUACAUUCGCAACGGACCAAACCCGCAGUACCUCCCUCGAGGGCCUUACCACCUAUUUGAUGGAGACGGCAUGCUUCACUCCAUCAGAAUCUCUCAAGGCAAGGCCACUCUCUGCAGCCGCUAUGUGAAGACCUAUAAAUACACUAUGGAGCGUGAUGCUGGAGCCCCACUUCUUCCUAAUGUCUUCUCUGGGUUCAACGGCCUUGCGGCCUCGGCAACACGCGGUGCUCUCUCAGCUGCUCGAAUUCUUUCUGGUCAAUUCAAUCCGGUUAAUGGCAUUGGUCUAGCAAACACCAGCCUUGCUUUCUUUGGCAAUCGUCUUUAUGCACUUGGUGAAUCUGAUCUGCCUUAUACUGUUCGAUUGACAUUAAAUGGAGACAUUGAGACUCUAGGUCGCCAUGAUUUUGAAGGGAAGUUAUUCAUGAGCAUGACUGCUCACCCCAAGAUAGACCUUGAGACAGGCGAGGCUUUUGCUUUUCGGUAUGGUCCUGUGCCUCCAUUUCUAACAUAUUUUCGCUUUGAUUCAAAAGGAAAUAAACAGCCAGAUGUGCCCAUAUUUUCCAUGGUUCGCCCAUCUUUUCUUCAUGACUUUGCAAUCAGCAAGAAGUAUGCUAUAUUUGCUGACAUACAAAUUGUUAUGAACCCCAUGGACAUGAUAUUUGGAGGAGGCUCUCCUGUAGGUGCGGACCCAACAAAAGUACCAAGGCUUGGAAUCAUCCCUCGAUAUGCAAAGGAUGAAUCAGAAAUGAGGUGGUUCGAUGUGCCAGGAUUCAAUCUAAUUCAUGCAAUCAACGCAUGGGAUGAGGAGGACGCAAUAGUCAUGUUGGCACCAAAUAUAUUAUCCGUAGAACACACCCUUGAGAGAAUGGAGCUUGUCCAUGCCUUGGUGGAGAAAGUGAGAAUAGACUUAAAAACAGGCAUAGUAACAAGAAACCCUGUUUCAGCAAGAAAUCUAGAUUUUGCAGUGAUAAACCCUGCUUACAUUGGGAAAAAGAACAGAUAUGUAUAUGCAGCCAUAGGUGACCCAAUGCCUAAGAUAUCAGGGGUGGUGAAACUGGACGUCUCCAAAGGAGAUAGGCAGGAAUGCACGGUGGCUAGUAGGAUGUUCGGCCCGAAAUGCUACGGGGGCGAGCCUUUCUUUGUGGCAAGGGAGCCUGACAAUAUAGACGCAGAGGAGGAUGAUGGAUUUGUGGUGUCAUAUGUACAUGAUGAAAUUGCUGGAGAAUCCAAGUUCUUGGUAAUGGAUGCGAGAUCACCUAAUCUUGACAUAGUGGCAGCCGUGAGGCUGCCCCGGCGAGUUCCAUAUGGCUUCCAUGGACUUUUUGUGAGGGAAAAUGACCUGAAAAAGCUAUAGAAAUUGCUCCUCUGUUUUCAUCGCAGGUUUUUAUUUCCAAUACCAUGUAAAAGAAAUAUAGCUAUACACAUACAGCGUCACGCAUGUCGGGACAUGAAAUUAGGAAGCGACGAUUAGGCUAAAUUCUAUUGCUGAUUAAAAUUCAAAUAUAAAUACAUAAAUGCUACUCAUGUAUAUAGUAUUAAUAUGGUUACAGGUAUAAUGGCAGAUGCUGUUAUUAUUAUUUUUA